UAGUUCAGUUGUGCAGUUACGUUUUGAAUCCUUUGCAGAUAGGUCCAGUCGCUUUCUAGCUUAAAUUUUCCUUUGCUUUCACCACUAAAGUGUCGCUGAUAAAAAGGAGUUUCAAAGAUUAACAAAAACGGCUAACAGACAAGUUUUUCGUUUACUGGCCACUCCACACGUGGAAUGGAAGAAAAGUCUUCGAGAUUUUCGGACUAUUUAUUUGCCCAAAUGUCAUCCGACACUGCCGAUGCAAAAGUGGAAUGUACAGAACAGCCAGGUGAAAACAAAGAGUUGACCGGGAUCAGGAAAUGGGUCGCGGAAAACUUGCUCCUUCUACUGACUCUCCUAGGAGUUGCCGUUGGCGCUGUUGUCGGCUUCGGCCUCCGUCCGCUGCCUCCAUCAAAGAGCACAAUAAUCCUGCUGUCGUAUCCCGGGGAGCUGUUCAUGCGGAUCCUCAAGCUGAUCAUUCUGCCGCUGAUCAUGUCCAGCCUGAUCGCGGGGAGCGCGAGCCUGAACGCGCGCCUCAACGGGCGCAUCGCCCUCAGGACCUUCCUGUACUUCCUGGCCACGUCGGUGAUUAACGCGGUGCUGGGCGUGAUCCUGGCCGUGCUCGUCCAUCCAGGUGAUCCCGGACUCAAAGCCGACAAAAUCGAGUCGGAAGUGCAGAAACGGAGCGCUUCCGUCUUAGAUAGCUUAUUGGACUUGGGCAGAAACGUCGUCGCCGAUAAUAUUUUUCAAGCCACUUUUCAGCAAGCCCACACUGAUUACGUCAAUGUGACCGAAAGAGUGUUUAACGAAACAAGCGGCGUAUUUUAUACCAUUGACGUCACAAUGGCUGUAAUCAAAUACAGAUCAGGAACCAACACGAUAGGCAUCGUCGUUUUCUGCCUGGCCUUCGGCACAAUCCUUGGCACUCUGGGCCAGAAGGCCAAGAUCGUCAUCGAGUUUUUCUCCGUGAUUUUCGACGUGGUGAUGAAGAUGGUCACCGGCGUCAUCUGGCUGACUCCCAUCGGGGUCAGCAGCGUCAUCGCGGGCAAGAUCCUCUCCGUCAACAACAUCGCGCUGGUGAUGGCCCAGCUGGGCUGGUUCAUCGCCACUGUCAUCAUCGGCGUCUUCAUCUAUCAGCUCGUGAUCAUGCAGGCGAUUUACUGCUUAUUCUUGCGCAAAAACCCGUUCAAGUUCUACUUGGGCCUGGUCCAAGGGACCCUAACGGCCUUUGCUACAGCUUCCACAGCUGCCGCGCUUCCUGUCACCUUCACUCUCAUGGAAGAUAAGCUCAAAAUCGAUUCCAGAAUCACGAGGUUUGUUUUGCCGAUUGGCUGCAAUAUUAACAUGGACGGGACGGCGCUCUUCGUCGCCGUGGCCUCGGUGUUUUUCGCCCAAACCAAUAGUAUUUAUCUAGGAGUUGGGGAACUCAUCACUGUUUGUUUUGCAUCAACGGCGGCGUCGUUUUCCUCCGCUAGUGUCCCUAGUGCCGCCCUGGUGCUCAUUCUGAUGGUUCUCACAGCUAUUGACAUUCCUGAUCAAGAUGUAUUCCUACUGUUUGCCGUUGAUUGGCUUGUAGAUCGAUUCCGUACCACCAAUAAUAUGUUAGGUGAUUGUUAUGCGGCCGCUGUUGUUGAAAAACUGUCGAAAAAAGAAUUGAUGGCUUGCGACGCAAUUCUUUUCCAGGAAUCGAGCAGUUUCGAUAAUAACCUACAAAAAGACUUCGAACCUAGUGAUAUUGUUAUAGAUCGUGGACUAAAUAAUGGUGCUACAAAGUAAUGCAAUAUUUCAACAACCCUAAAUUAAUUUGUGAUGCUAGUUUGUACACACCAUAGUUUAGGAUUUAGCUCAAUGAAUAAACAUAUUUAUGUAUACA